UUUCCAGUGCUUCUCUUUCAAAACAGAAUGCUGAUAACUUGAGGAUCUGGAGUUUUGUGCAUUUUAAAUGACACUGUAGUUAACUUAAUUACUUGUACUCCACUCUUACUCUAUGGUAAAUUUGGUUUCACUUUUCUUAUUUUUAUGAAAAAUGAUAAGAAAGCAUAACACCGAUUUACAACCGACUAGAAUGUGUUGAAGAUGUGUCAGUGCUACAUUUGAGUCCUUUGACAGACUGAUGUGACAAAUUAAUUUCCUGUAUUGUUGGUUAAUGUCAUUAAAUAUUUUGUAUAAAGUCACUCGGUUCCUUGACACCUGAGAUUUCGUUUACAUCAUAUUUUGCCAUUUAUUGGUAUUUGUGCAAAGACCAUAGCUUUCUGUUAUCCGUCUAAUAUUAUAAAAUAAAAAAAGUAAAAAGACAUGUAUUAUUUAGUUUUCACAUUCUUUGCAUGUGUUUUAUUAAUGUGUUUACUAUUUUCCACCACUCUUUUAUUAAUGCCAUGUAGUGAAUACAAAGAGAAACAUACACAUCAUAUCAAAGAAAUAUAAAGUAUUUAGAGUCUGAUUACAGAAAAAGAGAGGAAAAGCUGUUUCUUAAUCAACAAUAGAAUAUUUUCUUGUCAUUUUAUGAGCAAUAAUUGCUAAAUAUGUGAAGUUUUUAUAUGGCAGAACUCUACGUCAGUCUUUAAAAAUGCUGAAUACUGCGAGAUUGGUCAACAUGCUUCCGUUUAUGUGAACCCCAAACGAACCGAAUGACAUCGUCCAAUCAGAGCGCUCAACGAUGUGCUCGUUGUUUUGUUGUUCCUCAACCGUCCAAUCAGAGGGCUCAACGAUUAUCUUGCUGUUUUGACGACUUGGUUGUUUUCAUCUGUCUGCGCUUAGGAAACUGCGGACAAAAAUCGACAAAACCGUGUACUGUUGUCUAGACCGGCUGAAGAUCCACUCUACAGAGAUGUCUGAUGGCGUGUUUAAGCUCAGUAAGGAUGCGAACUUCAGCUCUCUGUGCCCGAACGGGUCCGUGUGGGUUUGGGACGGGCUGGGUGAAUGUGCUCAGGACGGCAGAGACAUGGCCAGUGUUAUUCUCGGCCUGCUGUCUAUAGUCUGCUUCAUGGUGUCCUCCUUACCGCAAUACUACAGUUCCUGCAAGACGGGGAAUAUGGACAGCGCUUUGUCCAUUUGGUUUCUUUUAUUGUGGCUGGCGGGGGACUCGUGCAAUCUGGUGGGAUCGUUUUUGGCCGAUCAGCUUCCACUGCAGACGUACACCGCUAUAUACUACGUCUUGGCAGACUUGCUAAUGCUGUCGUUGUACUUGUACUACAAACUAAAGAACAAAGGAGGAAGGAGCAGAGAUGGUGCGCUGCUGAAUACUGUCAGUGUUUUGUGUCUUCUGGGAAUCUCCUCUUCCAUCCUCAGCUUUUCUCAUUCAGCUGUAGACGAUCAGAUGCCCAUGGGGUUCAAGGGGCGAGCGUUGCUGGCCGUAGAGGACAGAAAUAGUUCAGUACAGCCUUUUUCAACAAAGGAAAUUAUAGGCUUCACUAUUGGCUCUUUGUCAUCAGUACUGUAUCUGUGCUCCAGACUGCCACAGAUUUACACCAAUUUACGAAGGAAGUCGACAGAGGGCGUGUCGUUUUUCUUGUUCGCGCUGGUGAUUCUGGGAAACACUACAUAUGGCAUAAGUGUCCUGCUGAAGAACCCGGCCCGGGGUCAGGGAGAGACCAGUUACAUCGUGCACCACCUCCCCUGGCUCAUCGGCAGCCUGGGGACGCUGUCACUUGACCUUAUAAUAUCCUUUUAAGCACUGAGAUGUUAUGAGAGGAUGAUUUAUUUCCAACACAGUGAUCUGCGGCCACAGAAAAAUGUGAAAUGAUUCAAUGAUGGGUAAAACAUGUGAAAGUUUGUAAGAGUGUAUAAAGUGCUUAAAUUUAUUGAUUUAAGCAGUGGUUGUCUGCAUUGCAAUGCACGUUGUACAAAUGCAGUUUUUUUAAGCGUCUCCUUAAAAGGAGAAGUGCAAUAUUUGUAUGGAGUUUAUUCUGACCCAAAACUUGCGCACAUGAAACAAAAUGCGUGUGUGAUUUUAGUACGCAGAACAGUUCCACGAGUGUUAACAAACCCUCACGAGAGUGCAUUUCUGCUCCCUGUGCAAGAACGCAGUCCGCGAGCAGAGGCAUUGAAUAGCAUGCGGGCAAUUUUCUCUAUGCAAUCGUCACUGCUCAACACUUGCUCGCUCGUCGAGUUGACUUCUGAGACUUUGGAGGCGGGAGAAUCCUUUGAUUGGUCACUUUUAACAUGCACUCACCUGCAGUCUUGUACAGAAAGUCAUCAUUUGGCUUAACACGAUACUUUUUUCAGUUUUUAAAAUGGGUUACAGAUAUUUAAAUCAAAGCUAAGGGCAUAAAUAUUUGACAGUAUAACUAAACUUAUUCAAUGACUACAGGAGACAUUUAAUUCUAUUAUAGUAGUAUUUUUUUAAAUAGGUCAUACAUGAAAUGCGUGUUUAACUAUAUUAUAUAGCAUAUUUUUUGUGAACAGAUGUAAUAAAAUAAAAUUGCACUUGUUAAAAUAUUAAACACUAAACUAAACCUAAUGCAAAGUAAUACACUAGUCACUAGGUAAAACAGGCAAUCUGAAGGUGACUGCAUGUAGGUGAGUCCAUGUUAAAAGUGACCAAUCAAAGGAUCGGAGAAGUCAGCCAUUGUCCCGCCUCCAAAGUCUCAGAAGUCAACUGUACGAGCAUAGAGAGAAUUGGUGCGCCUCUGCUACGUUUUUGCACGUGGAGAAUAAAUGCGCUCUCAAGAGUGUGUAUUUACACUCUUAGAACUGUCCUGCGCACUAAAAUCACGUGUGUGAGAUUUGGGUCUGAUUAAACGCCAUACAUGUUUCUUUACCCGGUGUUAAAAGCAGGGUUUAAAAAUAACAUUACCAUGUUACAUUACAGUUUAUACAAUUUGUCAGUUUAGGGUGUCUGUCAAAUUCUUGAACCCUGAUGUAACCGUUGGUGCUAAAUUGCAUGCAUUGAUCUAUUGAUUUUAUUGCUGUCAAAGGUCACAACACCUGAUGUUAUGGUCAGUAUUCUUAAUGUUGAACCUUGUGGAGCUCCUUAGUUGCCCACAUACAGUUUUUCAACAAGGCAUGGUAAGUUGCCAAACGACAAUUUGUGUGUAGCUUGUCAAUGAAUUUAUGUGACCUCAUUUUUGUCAAAACCCAUUUCAACUUUUUGCCUUAACCCUUAAUUUCAGAUAUCUGUACAGUUUAUGACAUACGCCAAAUCCUCUCAGCAUUCCUCAAAUUCAGAUGAAGAGACUGCUGCCCUUCUGGAUAACUGAAUCAGAUUGGUGGAGAUUAUUGAUGUUUUCUUUUUGACCGUCAGGCAUUUCAAGCAUUUGAUUAGUUUUAUUUAUUUCUGGUUUUAUCCAUUGGUUGUAUACCUCCUAGUCGAUGUUCAAAGGUAUUUGUCUGAUGGGAAAUUUUUUGCUUAAAAUGUUUGCAACAAAGGGACUCACUUUUGUAACGUUUGUACUGUACUUUAAUAUGUUUUUAUAAAGCAUGCAAUCAUGUGAAAUGUGUUUUGUUCUUAAUGGAACUGAAUGCUUUGACUGGUCUAGCAGUCUGUAAGUAUUGGUUGGGAGAAAGAAUUGUAAAAAUAAUAUGACUUUUGUUUACUGUAAUGUUAAUAGGGUGUUAUCAUUUAUUGUCAUGUAAUCAAUUGUAGAAAUAUCAUUUUUUUUAAAUCUGUAUAUUGUUAGAUGUAUGGCCUGAAAGGAGCAGUUCACAUACAAAAUUAGACAAUUUUGUCAUCAUUUACUCAUUUCAAUCCUGUAUGACUUUCUUUCUUCCGCAGAACACAAAAGAAGAUAUUUUGAAAAAUGUUGAUAACGGAACAUUCACUUCUUUUGUGACCAAUUAACAACAUUCUUCAAAAUAUCUUCUUUUGUGUUCUGAAUGAAUGAUGACAGAAUUAUCAUUUUGAAUGUGCUCUUCUCCUUUAACUUGAAUCAUAACUGCACCUGUCAGUCAGUUGUAACUUCUUUUAUUUAAAUUUUAUUUCCUUUUGUGCCUGUUUCCUUAUUCUGUCAUCGCACAACAUUCACUAAAGUUUAUUUUGUGGCCAAACGUGUUUGAACCAUUCUGUUAGUUUGUUUAUUUCGUCAUAUUCUUGACGAACUUUGGUUUUGAUUGAAAGAAGACAUGGUUUGAUUUGGUUGCAUUGGGAAUUGAUCAGUUUACGAAAGGAUGGGUGUUUCACGCUCAAAUGGAGUCACGUCAGGACUGAUAGUUGAGGAUCUGGGAGAUGUUGAGGAUUCUGUGUUCACUAUUGGCAACGUUUUGUAAAGACUGCUUUACCUGCCACGACCAGACUAGGUUAUUGAUGAAAAAUAACCAGUUGUCCAUAGAUGGUGUCGGCUGCACACUUGUUAAGGCAUAUUACGUUUUAAUAAAAGACUGCAAAACAAUCAUGCAUUUUCAAUCAAGCAUAACUUUUUGGAACGUUUUAAUCCACACCUACGAUGGCCUCAAAAUAUUGACAGCUCACAUUAUUUUUAAACAGCUUUAAAAUCUCUGCAUAUGCUACCCCCAGGUCACAACAGCCGUCUCUUCGCUCCUGGAAAACACAUCAGUGUUGUUUUUCCUCAUUAUAACGGUCACUGUCAUCAGCAUCCUGUGAGUUAAGAGCAUCAGGGUGGGUC